GUAUAAUUGCGCGUCGUGGUAUGUCCAUGUACAGACACACGACGCCGCUAGAAGGUCGUGGGUUGAUGUACUCCAGUCAGUCACCAGUCAGAAAUACCCCACGGACUCACAACGAUGCUGUCUCGCGCGCUGGUGGGCUUCGCUCUGCUGCUGCACGUAAACUGCAAGCUAGCUCCUGUGGUGACCCUCAACGAUGGUAACCUGAUGCCGGCCUUUGGCCUUGGCACGUGGCUGGGAACGACGCCCAGCGGUAGCCUGGCGCCCGUGGAGAACGAUGAAGUACAGCGUGCGGUGGAGGUCGCUAUCGACGCCGGGUACCGACACAUCGACACUGCAGCCAUCUACAGCACCGAAGAACAGGUCGGUCUCGCUGUGAGGAAUAAAAUAAAGCAAGGAGUUAUCAAGAGGGAGGACAUUUUCAUUACUACAAAGUUAUGGAACGACCACCAUGCCAGAGAGGAUGUCCCCAAGGGUCUGGACAGCUCCCUGAGGAAGCUGGGCAUGGAGUACGUGGAUCUUUACCUGAUACACUUUCCUAUCGGCACCUACCCGAACAUGACAGACGACCACACUGACUACCUGGACACGUGGCGCAGCAUGAUAGAGCUGAAGGAGCGAGGCUUGACCAGGUCGGUGGGGGUCUCCAACUUCAAUGUGGCCAUGCUGGAGCGCCUCACCGCUGAGACUGGUGUCGUUCCAGCCGUGCUGCAGGUUGAGAUAAGCCUCACCAUCCAGCAGCCCUCUCUCCUGGCGUACUGCCGCGCUCACAACAUCUCCGUGGUGGGCUACACUCCGUUUGGCACUCUGUUCCUGCACAACAAGACCGCUCCUCCGCCGAGGGUGGACUCACCUGAGCUGGUCGCCAUCGCGCAACGCCACAACAAGACUGUACCACAAAUCGUACUUCGCUAUGUUUAUGAGUUGGGUGUGACGCCUAUCCCGAAGUCGGUGAAGAAGUCUCGCAUCGAGCAGAACCUGGACAUCUUCGACUUCGAGCUGAGCGAGGAGGAAAGGCAGCAGCUCAGCUCCUACGACCAAAACUACCGCUCGCUCGACCUGAGCUUAUGGAAACAUCAUCCAUACUACCCGUUUGAACAAUAAAAUAAAAUAAUGAAGAUUUAA